AUGUCUGUGGUUCUGGCCAAGAACCCAAGGCUGGCCGAGGACCCCAGUGUCACUGAGUUUGAGGCCAUGAUCUCUGCACGCCUUCCCAACGUGUCAGGGUCAAUUAUACACUACGUGGUAUCCUAUCUGUUGGCCGCCCUUGGGGGCAACCCUUCACCCAGCGCCAAGGACAUCAAGAAGAUCCUGGACAACGUCAGCAUCGAGGUGGAUGAUAACUGGCUCAACAAGAUCAUCAAUGAGCUGAACGGAAAGAACAUGGAGGAUGUCAUUGCCCAGCGUAUCGGCAAGCUUGCCAGUGUGCCUGACGGCAGGGUUGUGGCCGUCUCUGCUGCCCCAGGCUGCCCAGCUGCUGGUCCGCCCCCACUGCAGCAGAGGAGAAGAAAGAUGAAGAAGGAGGAGUCCGAAGAGUCAGACAAUGAUGUGGGGUUUGGCCUGUUUGACUGAACUCCUGUUCCCUGCAAAUAAAGCCUUUUUAUA